AACUGGACAGCAGGAGAAAUCCCCAGGUACCCAGUGGUAUGUCUGUAAACUGUGAACCCAUUCACACACAAAAAAAAGCUACUGAUGGCAUCUGUGUGACUUACUCACAACAGUAUUUAAGAAUACAGAACACAGAAACAAAGUUACCGUGUGCUCAGCGAUGUAAUGUGGUAAACUCCUGGUGCUCUUGAAUAACAACGCGAAAAAAACUUGUCGGAAAUAAGGGCGAAGCCACGGGGGCUUUCUUCAGGCACAGUAUUUAAGGAUCUUUCUGAUUCAGGGGAUGCCAGCUGAUCACAUUUGGCUGCAGUGUGCAUCACUCAGGAACCAGAGUUCCCUGCCAUACUGAACACUGCUGUUUUACCCACUUUCUUCAAUUUUCAGAAGUUAAACAAGAAAACCAGACAAGCCGAAUGGCAGUUUGCGCAGAAAUAAACUCUACAGCCAUUAUUGUGUCUGCCUGAUUUAAUCUAAGAUGCCAAUAUGUUAGUAUCUGAGAUACAAAAUGAUCACAAUUCAAUCCAUUCUCAAUAUGUGUACAGGGCAAAAAUCAAGUUGACCUGCUAUAGGUUAGAUCAGCUGAUCAGUGCACUGCGUGUAGAGAAACACAAAUGUGAAUAGUGCAAAAACAAAUGGGCUUUCUGAUGGCAAACUGACACACUGACAUUUUUCUUAAUGGAGUGCACACCUACACCUACACCUAUUGUCUGGGUCAGUGUUUGUUAAAAUUGGCGUCUAUAGCAGGUGAUGGCCUAGCUUCCAUGCUGGUUCUUCAGCUGUUUUUUCAACAAAGGGGCAGAGCUGACCGGCAUCUCCUGCAGCGGCUCCUGGGUGCAGUACAAAAGAAUGCCACUAGAGGGGACCCUCGUAGCGUGGUCAGAGCCAUCGAUCAGUUCUGCAGACAGAAGGAGUGGGCCAUGAACGUGGGGGAUGAGAAAGGCUGUAUUCUUGACUCAGUGGUGUCUGAGGUAAACCCGGCCACUGUGCUGGAACUGGGAACCUACUGUGGAUACUCUACAGUGCGGAUUGCAAGCCUGCUUUCCCCUCAUGCCAAGCUCAUCACCCUUGAAUUUAAUCCAGACUUUGCUGCAAUUGCCCGUCAAGUCAUUGCUUGGGCAGGGCUAGAAGAAAAGGUCCACUUAGUUGUAGGAGCAUCUGGUGACUGGAUCCCAAAAAUGAAGGAGCAGUUUGGGUUGAAUACAUUUGAUUUUGUUUUCCUGGACCACUGGAAGGAUCGUUACCUUCCUGACACAAAACUGAUUGAGGAGUGUGGCCUCCUCAGAAAAGGAAGCAUCCUGCUGGCUGACAAUGUCAUCUGCCCAGGAGCUCCUGAGUACCUGGAAUAUGUCCGCAGCAGCUCACAAUAUGAAAGCCAGUACUUUAAAUCUCACCUGGAGUACACCAAAGUGGAGGAUGGCUUGGAGAAGUCUGUCUUCUUGGGGUAGUUUGCAACAAAAUAAUCUCAUGUUUUACACAGGAACUAACAAACCAGACACCUUUAACUCUCAGGUUUACUGAACACAUUUAUAAUCUGUAAAAUCUGUUUUUCUAAUAUAUUAUAGCGUGAGUUCACUUGAAAUAAAAAUGUCAUGUUGGGAAAAA